CUCCCAACAGAAGGAAGCAGAGGUGGCAAUGGAGGGAGAGUGAUGGACUCCUGAGUCGCCUGUUGGAUCCAAACAGUACCUGGCACCAGAGGAUGAUCCUGGGCAAUCAAGUUAUGGAGGCAAUCCUGCAUGGUUUAAUUCCCUUCCUGGAUGCUAUGAUGGAGAGAAAGUCUGGACUGUGUCCUGAAGGAGUGUCAGCCUCACUCAUCAAGCCAAGGGCAGUGACGUAAGUUCCUUCGUCAGAGUAAUAGCUGCGGUUCUCCCGCAUGCCAGCACUUGGUUGUUGGCAAGGACCCUCAUCGUGCAGCAGCAGCUGCCAUUCAAACAUGCCAUGCCAUGAUUAUGGUCGCUUCUGGUUCAGGUACAUUGCUUGUAUAUAUACCACACCGUUCUAGUACGAUGGGCUCACACCUGCUAUGUAGCUAUCAGACUGGUGCAUUAUUCAUGGGUCAGAUGGAGACCUAUUUGGGUCCUGACCUUGAGGGAGCAUCACAAGGGGAAGAACAGCAGUCAAGAUGCAUCCUCACGCUGUCACGGCUUCAUCUUUCGAUGCUGGAUCAUGAUCUCAUGCCCAGAGCAGCAUGGCAACAUGCCUUCAGUGUCCAGAUGCCUUAUGAACUACAAGUUCUCCAGGUGCCGUGGAGAGUUCUCCUGGUCUCGGAUUCCGUGAUCUGUUGAGGGUCUGAAGAGAUGGCUGCAGCAGCAGUAGCUGGACUGAUCCCUGUGCUACACUCGGUGGCUGGUGACAAAUCCAGCUACUACAUUGGGCGGCAGCUGUGGUUUGGCUUCAUUGCGGUUUAUGGAGUGGUGGUAUACGUGGUGCGCAUGCCGUGGGCCUCCGUCCAUGAAGAUUUCUGGUGCCACGGCAACAUCACCAAUCCUUGUUUGAUUGAGUGUUUUGAAAAACGUUUUAGAAGUCCUGUAGUGGGAAUUUGGUACUUCUUUUUCUUUAUUUUUUUGGCCCUUUUCUUCCUCAUGGAAUUCUUCUUGGCUCAGAUUCGGCACAAGCAGAUCAAAGUCAAAUUAGUGGAGUCCGUGGCAAGUGAAAUGGAGGAAGGCUCCAUGGUGGGGAUCCAGGAACAUGUCCCUUCCCCGAAGAAGUCCAUCCUGAACUUCCACCAGGAGAAGAUGCUUUUGCUUUUGUACCUUCUUUACUUCCUCCUGCAGGUUGGUGCACAGUGCGUGUUUUCUUUCCUUCUCAUGUUCCAACACCUGCCCUUGGUGAGUCAAGCCAUCAUUCACUGCAGCACCGACAGCUGCCCCGGGCCCUAUUUCUGCCUGAUCAGGGGUACUAUGGAGAAGCGAAUGUCCAUCUACACCCUCGUCACCUUGUCCUUCAUGAUCAUCCUCUUCUGCUCAGGUUUCUUCAUAUACAGCAUCCAUCAUUACCUGUUAAAAGGCAUUGCCAGUGCAAAGUUUUGGCUCGACUAAUUUUGGAAGGUUUUAUUGUGAGUCUUUCCUCCCUUGCACUAGGAACUUCGUAUUCCUUUAAAUAUUGUGUCUGGGGCAGGGCUUCCUCCUGCUAACUUUCUUUGCUUUAGUCCUUCAUGAAAUAAACCUUGGAUGUU